GGUCAGUAAUCAAUCUAAUUCUUGCUUUUUUUCAAGAAACAACUUAAUCAAACGAUUAAAAGCCAUCCAAAAUACUGGGAAAGGUUAUGAGACCCAAAACCUCUACAUAAUGCUGAACAGACUUGAUGACUACCAGAAAAAGGUGAUGGGGGUCUGGACUGAAAAGCAGAAAUCUCUAGAGCAGAAACGGAUUCAGUGCUUGAGGAAAAUGGUGUCCUUAUUUGUCCAGCUCAAAGAGAUAUAUAAAUUGAAUCUUAGUCAACCUAUCACCUUGAUCAUCAGCAAAAAGCAGAUACCUGUCUCUACCAAAUUUGUUCAAUGGCCGUUCUUAGAGUUACUAGUAGAAGAGGACAGAAAAUCUGACAUACUCAAGAAACGGAGACAAGAGGACCAGGUAGAGGCCAUCUGGAAUGUUGAUCUGUCCACUUCAAGCUACCCAAUAGCAGAGAAGACACCCAUGCACUCACUCUGGGCCCAGCUUGGUGGGUACCCAGAUAUUCCUCGGCUGCUUCAGUUAGACAUUCAGUCUACCCUCAGGAAAUCUCUUGACUCACUUCAAUCACGGUAA